CUCAUGGUCUUGUCUUUUGAAUGUUUUUGUCUCUGCAGAAUGCGAAGUUUGUUCUCAGUGACGCUGCUGCUGCUUGUGGCCCUGACGCUCACCGCAGAGGCCAACAGGAAAGCCAAACCUCACAAAGGUGGUAAACAUGAUAAAUCCCGGCCCGCCUCAGAGUGCUCCACUGCAGAGACUCAGUUUGGGAAGUGUGUCCCAGAGCAUGGAGACUGUGGAGAAGGUCUGAGAGAGGCCACCUGCAAAGAUCGCACCGACAAGAUCCCCUGCAAGAUCCCGUGCAACUGGAAAAAGGACAUCAGUGACUGUAAGUAUAAGUUUGGCCCCUGGGGACCCUGUGACGCCGAAACCAACACCAAGAGCCGGUCAGGAACUCUGAAGCGAGCGCUCUUCAACGCAGAGUGUCAAACCACCGUCAAGGUGUCCAAACCCUGCUCCCCCAAAGUGAAGAAGCCCAGAGGGGAGAAGAAGCCAAACUAAAGGAUGUACAGAGGAAGAUGGCAGGAUUUUUUCUUUUCCUCCAGCUGAACAAUCGUCUUCCAUCAAACACAUAAAAAAACCCAGAGAUUCCAAAACACGCAAACCUUUUGAUUUUUGGCCUCCUUUCACUGUUACUUUAAUUUGAUGUUCUUGUGUUUAUUUGGACUGAAGUGCUUUCCAAGAAUCCUC